CCUGUGAAAUGUUUUCAGACUGCCAACUCUGAGUGCCUGGUAGCAGCAGCUAUUCCUGAGUCUAUAUCACUUCAGACAAUUUGACCCUGUAUUAAAGACCUGUUCAGCAUGGACCAUAAUAUACGCCUGAAUUAUCACAAGGACUGUGAGAGUGCUGUCAAUCGCAUGAUCAACAUGGAACUCUAUGCCUCGUAUGUUUACCUCUCCAUGUCCUAUUACUUUGACCAAGGAUCUGUUGCCCUGGACAACUUUAUGAGGUUCUUCAAGAAGCAGUCAGACAAGGAACGUGAACAAGCGGAGAAUCUGAUGAAAUUCCAGAAUCAACGAGGGGGCCGAAUCAGCCUGCAAGAUAUCAAGAGACCUGAACAAGAUGACUGGGACAGUGGUCUGCAGGCAAUGCAGUGCGCUCUGCAGUUGGAGAAGAACAUUAACCAAACCCUACUGGAGCUGUACAAACUGUCUAAGGAUAGAAGUGACCCUCAUUUGUCUAACUUCCUGGAGACCCACUACUUGGAGAAGCAAGUCAAGACCAUCAAGAAACUUGGCGACCACAUCACCAACCUGCAUCGCUUAGGUGCCCCUCAGAAUAGCAUGGCUGAAUAUCUGUUCAACAAGCACACUUUGGGAGCAGAGUAGACAAUGGAAACGCCAGUCUCCAAGUACCCUCCAACUCUUGAGUGCGAUGGUAUCUACUUCUCAAAAAAAUUCCCCAGAGCUUGAAUAAAUAUUGUUUCAUUCUA